GCUGGAGAACGGGCUCCAGCCCGGAGCAGCCGCCCGGAAUGCGCCCGCGCGGCGGCUCCAGCCGCGGCCCCGCCAGCGCCCGGGCCAGCGGCAGCAGCGCCGGGAGAGCAGUGGCGGCGGCAGACGAGCAGCGGCAGCGGCAACUCGUCCCAGGGCGCGGCUCUCGGCCGCAGCCGAGCCCCGCCGCCGCAGCAGCACUCGCGUAAGAUGCGCCGCCAGGCAGGCUGGGGGAUGCGCGUUUCCCCCUGCUCCCGGGGAGCCGCACUCUUCUCAAGGGAGCCGGAGCCAUGAGUGCCGCCGGAGCUCCCCGCCGCGUCCCGCGCUAAACAGUGCGGCUCUUUCCGCCUACCACCGCCGCGAAACCCCGGGGCGUCCGCAGCCGGGAGAUACUUACAGGCACAUAAAGAGGCACACCAUAAUAUGCCUGAAAAUCCGUUUUUCUGGACUUCUGAAGUAAUCUCCAUCUUUUGAAUUCGCCCAGGUUCUCAGACCAACAUUUGCUGUUGCACGUAGCGAAUAAGAACAUUUGAAGCAGCGGCAUUUCAUCUUUGGUUUGUGUUGUGAAUGAGACUCUUUAGCGGUUUCAGUUUUUGUCUUGGACAUUAUCUUCGUCUUUAAUGAGGGCUAUAAAAUGGAUUUAGGAUUCAAAGACCAUAACAACAGGACACCUACCAAGAACACCUCUGCUACUACAAAGAAUUUUUCUGCCUGGGAAGAUUAUAAGAGUAGUAUUGAUGACAUACAGUACUUUCUUAUCGGGCUGUACACACUUAUAAGUCUGACUGGCUUUAUGGGAAAUCUGCUUAUACUAACGGCUCUACUGAAGCGCAAGCAGAAGACAAUAAUAAACAUUCUCAUUGGUAACUUGGCCUUGUCUGACAUCUUGGUUGUGCUGUUUUGUUCACCUUUUACACUGACAUCCGUCCUGCUUGACCAAUGGAUGUUUGGCACUGUCAUGUGCCAUGUAAUGCCCUUCCUCCAGUGCGCAUCAGUUCUUAUUUCAACUUUGAUGUUAAUAUCUAUCGCUGCAGUCAGGUAUCGUAUGAUAAAAUACCCCCUUUCCAGCAAUUUAACAGCAAAACAAGGCUAUUUCUUAAUAGUGACCAUUUGGGCCUUCGGCUUUGCAAUUUGCUCCCCUCUGCCAGUAUUCCACAAAAUUGUGGACCUCAGCAAAACUCUGAAUUUAGAGGCACUGGAGAACAGGCUUUUGUGUAUUGAGUCAUGGCCUUCCGACUCAUACAGAAUUGCCUUUACGAUAGCCUUAUUGUUCAUGCAGUACCUAUUGCCACUGGCGUGUUUAACUGCUAGCCACACCAGUGUCUGCAGGAGCAUAGGGUCCAGACUGUCAAACAAGGAAAACAAGUUUGAAGAAAAGGAGAUGGUAAACCUAACUCUUCAUCCCUCUAAGAGUACCAGCACACAGGUGCAGCCCUCCAGCCAUUCCAGAUGGAGAUGUGCCUUUGGCAGAAAGCACCACAGAAGAUACAGUAAAAAGCCUUCGAGUGUGAUGCCAGCUAUUUCAAGGCAUCACCAGGAUACUCAUUCCAGAGGCCUCCCAGAAACCUCUGGCACAGAAAAAAGCCAGCUCUCUUCCGCCAGUAAAUUCAUCCCUGGGAUACCUAUCUGUUUUGAGAUGAAACCAGAAGAAAAUACAGAGAUCCAGGACAUGAUUACGGUAUCCCGAUCCAUUGUCAGAAUUAAGACAAGAUCUAGGAGAGUAUUUUGCAGAUUGACAGUGCUAAUCCUAGUUUUUGGUUUCAGUUGGAUGCCUCUUCACCUUUUCCACAUUGUAACAGAUUUUAAUGCCACUCUCAUUUCUAACAGACAUUUUAAAUUAGUAUAUUGCAUAUGCCAUUUGCUGGGUAUGAUGUCCUGCUGCUUGAAUCCCAUCCUUUACGGGUUCCUUAACAACAGCAUAAAGGCCGAUUUAAUGUCCCUUAUUCCGUGCUGCCAAAUACCAUGAUUUUAUGUGCCCCAAGAUAAUAUCAACAAACAACUUUGGCUUUCAAGCCUACUGAUGUAGCUGUAAAAGCUGUAGUAGUUUAGUUUAGCUAGUCUGACAUGGUUGUGAUUAGUAGCAUUUUGUGCCAAUGGGUAGUUCUAAGGCUGCAUGCAUUUCUUGCAUUGGUCAGAAAUAUAUACAUAUAUUAUAACAUUCUUCUAUCUAUUACACAUAGGAAAUCCUGCCAAGUGUACCAAACCAGAAUACCAUUUUCAUUACCUGAAAUAUUGGCAAUCUGUGCUUUGGAAUUAUACAGAAUAUAUGAUGAGUAAUAAAUGUGAGACAGACAACUUGGACAUAUU